AUGCCAGAUCUGCGGCCGCGCUUCUGCUUUGUCUUCCUUCUCCGCCUGCGCCGCUUCUCAGACCCGACAACAAUCCACGGAGAGUACGAGGCUCUCGCUUGUCCCGCAGACGUUACUGUAGAAGAUCCUCACCAUGAGAAGCACGAUCCCCUCCACGUUAACCAGAAGGAGGAGUCCAACAUGCCGUACAUCAAAGAGGAAGCAGAGCCAGAGACCUCCGACAUGAAAGAAGAAGACCAGAUAGUUGAAAUUCCCAAGUUUCCAAUGGGUGUCAGUGUGAAGAGCGAAGAAGACGAAGGACCAAGCGAAGAGAGCGGAGCAGCGAAUCCUUCCAGUGACCGUUCGUUUCAGCACGGAGAGAAGCCUUUCGCCUGCAUACUUUGCGAUAAAAGAUUUUCUCUGAAGACUGAUUUAGAAAAACAUAAGCGUACACACACUGGAGAAAAGCCUUUCUUCUGCACACUUUGUGGUAAAAGAUUCACUCAGAAGGGACAUUUAGUAUUGCAUAUAAGAACACACACGGGAGAGAGGCCUUUCGCCUGCACACUUUGCGAGAAAAGAUUUAUUCAGAAGAAUGAUUUAGAACAGCACAAGCAUACACACACUGGAGAAAAGCCUUUUGCCUGCACAUCUUGUGGUAAAAGUUUCUUCGAUAGGAGAGGUUUAAACAGACACACAAGCAGACACACUGGAGAGAAGCCUUUCGCCUGCACGCUUUGUGGUAAAAGAUUUUCGCGGAAGACUUAUUUAGAAGGACAUAAGCGCACACACACUGGAGAGAAGCCUUUCGCAUGCACACUUUGCGAUAAAAGAUUUCAUUGGAAGCCUGAUUUAGAAAAUCAUAAGCGAACACACACAAAGCCUUUCGCCUGCACACUUUGUGGUAAAAGAUUUUCUCGGAAGACUCAUUUGGAUAGUCAUAUGCAUACACACACUGGAGAAAAGCCUUUUACCUGCACAUCUUGUGGUAAAGGAUUCGCCCAUAAGGGAAAUUUAAUCAAACACACACGUGGACACACUGGAGAGAAGCCUUUCGCCUGCUUACUUUGUGGUAAAACAUUUUCUCAGAACACUCAUUUAGAAAUACAUAAGCGUACACACACUGGGGAAAAGCCUUUUGCAUGUUCACUUUGUGAUAAACGAUUCACCCAUAAGGGAGGUUUAAACAAACACACACGCAGACACACUGGAGAGAAGCCUUACGCCUGCCCACUUUGCAAUAAAAGAUUUUCUCAGAAGAAUCAUUUAGAAAAACAUAAGCGCACACACACUGGAGAAAAGCCUUUUGCAUGCUCACUUUGUGAUAAAAGAUUCGCUCAGAAAGGAACUUUAAGUCCCGCAAGCGUCACUGCAGAAGAUCUUCACCCUGAGAAGCACAAUCCCGUCCACCUUAAACAGAAGGAGGAGCCUGACAUGCCGUUGAUCAAACAGGAGGCGGAGCCAGAGACCUCUGACAUCAAAGAAGAAAAACAGGAAAUUGAAAUCCUCAAGUUUUCAAUGGGUGUCGGUGUUAAGAGAAAAGAAGACGAAGGACCAAGCGAAGAGAGCGGAGCAGCAAACCCUUUGAGCGACAGCUCAUUUCAGCACCAGACAACAAAAGGAGAGCAACCGGACGGCCUCUUAGCUCCGCUUUCGGAAAGCGAUGACAUAACGUCACAUUCUUCUGACUUUAAUACUGAUGAGGAAGAGGAUGACUUUGACCAAAAUGCUUCAAAAUCCUUAGACAAGUCAUCAUUUAAAAGAGACGCAAAGGAAGGCUUGGUUGAAAAACGUUUUCCCUGCUCACUUUGUGAUAAAACAUUUCCUUGGAAAUGCUACUUAAAGGCACACAUGCGUAGACACACUGGAGAGAAGCCGUUUGCCUGCACACUUUGUGGUAAAAGAUUCCCCAAGCAGGCAACUUUAAAAAUUCACACAAGAACACACACUGGAGAGAAGCCUUUCGCCUGCACACUUUGUGGUGAAAGAUUCAUCGCGAAGGCAAAUUUAAACAUUCACACAAGAACACAUACUGGAGAGAAGCCUUUUGCCUGCACACUUUGUGGUAAAAGGUUCACAAAACAGGGAAAUUUAAACAUUCACACAAGAACACACACUGGAGAGAAACCUUAUGCCUGCACAUUUUGUGGUAAAAGAUUCACCCAUAAGGGAGAUUUAAACAAACACACAAGAACACACACCGGAGAGAAGCCUUAUGCUUGCACACUUUGUGUUAAAAAAUACUCCACGAAGGCAAAAUUAAACAUUCACACAAGAACACACACUGGAGAGAAGCCUUUUGCCUGCACACGUUGUGGUAAAAGAUUCACCCAUAAGGGAAGUUUAAACAUUCACACAAGAACACACACUGGAGAGAAGCCUUUUGGCUGCACACUUUGUGAAGAUCUUCACCCUGAGAAGCACAAUCCUGUCCACGUUAAACAAAUGGAGGAGUCCGACAUGCAGUUGAUCAAAAAGGAGGCAGAGCCAGAGACUCCUGGCAUUAAAGAAGAAAAACAGGAAAUUGAAAUCCUGAAGUUUCCAAUGGUUGUCGGUGUGAAGAGCGAAGAAGACGAAGGACCAAGCGAAGAGAGCGGAGCAGCGAACCGUUUGAGCGACGGCUCAUUUCAGCGCCAGACAACAAAAGGAGAGCAACCGGACGGCCUCUUAGCUCCGCUUUCGGACAGCGAUGACAUAACGUCACAUUCUUCUGACUUUAAUACUGAUGAGGAGGAAGAUGUCUUUGACCAAAAUGCUUCUAAAUCCUUCAACAACCUCCAUUACCUCGUUGAGUUGACUCUUCAUUCUCGUCGAGAAGCGGUGUACCCAGAGGGCACCAAGAAGCAACAGGAAGGCGAGCACCUCUCAGAUCAUAGGAAGAUUCCCUUAGCUGGAACAAUGCUUGAAGGGUUCGUGUUCACCACUCUGGCGAGGACCCAAGAUCCUCUUGGAGAGUUGGCAUCAGCGAUCAAAACAACAUCUCCUUGA